AUCUGCGCGGCGGACGGCGCCGAGUGGCUGGAGGAGGCGACCGAGGACACCUCGGUAGAGAAGCUCAAGGAGCGCUGCCUCAAGCAGUGUGCCCAUGGGAGCCUGGAAGACCCCAAAAGUGUAACCCAGCACAAGUUAAUACACGCUGCUUCAGAGAGGGUGCUGAGCGACACCAAAACCAUCCUGGAGGAGAAUAUCCAAGACAAAGAUGUCCUGUUAUUGAUCAAAAAGCGUGCUCCAGAGCCACUCCCCAAGAUGGCUGAUGUCUCGGCAGAAGAGAAGAAAAAGCAAGAACAGAAAGCUCCAGAUAGAGAUGCUAUCUUCUGGGCGACGGCCAAUCUGCCCUCCUACAACAUGGACCGGGCUGUGGUCCAGACCAACAUGAGAGAUUUCCAGACAGAACUCCGGAAAAUACUGGUGUCACUCAUUGAGGUGGCGCAGAAGCUGUUGGCGCUGAACCCUGAUGCAGUGGAGCUGUUCAAGAAGGCAAACGCUAUGCUGGAUGAGGAUGAAGACGGGCGUGUGGACGAGGCUGCGCUACGGCAGCUCACGGAGAUGGGCUUCCCUGAGACCAGGGCCACCAAGGCACUGCGGCUGAACCACAUGUCGGUGCCUCAAGCCAUGGAGUGGCUAAUUGAGCAUGCAGAGGACCCCACCAUAGACACACCCCUUCCAGGCCAGGCCUCUCCAGGGGCCACAGAGGCUGUGUCUGAGGCUGCAGCUGGACCUAGUGCUGCUGAUGAGGAGGCCAGAGACGAGCUGACAGAAAUCUUCAAGAAGAUUCGGAGGAAAAGGGAGUUUCGGGCUGAUGCUCGGGCUGUCAUUUCCCUGAUGGAGAUGGGGUUUGACGAGAAGGAGGUGAUAGACGCCCUCAGGGUGAACAACAACCAGCAGAACGCUGCAUGCGAAUGGCUGCUGGGCGACCGGAAGCCCUCCCCCGAGGAGCUGGACAAGGGCAUUGACCCCGACAGCCCCCUGUUCCAGGCCAUCCUGGACAACCCAGUGGUGCAGCUGGGCCUGACCAACCCGAAGACAUUGCUAGCCUUUGAGGACAUGUUGGAGAACCCGCUGAACAGCACCCAGUGGAUGAACGACCCGGAAACAGGACCUGUCAUGCUGCAGAUCUCUAGAAUUUUCCAGACACUGAACCGCACGUAGAUGGUGCUGUUCUGCUCCGCUAACCCGCGACAGCAGCCCCAAGAGCAGCUGAGAGGGGCAGAAGGACCACCUUCAUCCUCUGGCCUGGGCCAGGCGUGCGCUCUGACCUUGUUGCUCAUAAACUCCAUGGCGGCGGUGUGCAAGGCUGUAUUUUUAGCCUCAACAGGUGUUUACACAGCGGUGCCUGCUGCCUGGGAGGUGGGGCCAUGGCCUCCCCCGGCUGCCCCGUGGGCUCUGGAGUCAAGCCCUGGCGUUUGCUCGUAGUGCCCACGUGUUGUGUGAACGAAGGCAUGUUGCAAUCCAGAGUGUUAAUCUCACCCUACUAAUUUAACCAGUCACUCGCGGGUGGCUUCUUUAAUAAAUAAAUCCUUUUUCCUAC